AUGAGUCCUAUCGACGAAGAGCAGAUGCAAGGCCUUAAAGGCGUCCGCGAUUUUCUUCGUGUCAGAACGAGUUACGACGUUCUGCCUCUCUCCUUUCGUCUAAUUAUCCUCGAUAAUGAUCUUCUGAUCAGGAAAAGUCUUGCUAUCUUGACUCAAAAUGGCAUCGUGUCGGCGCCCUUGUGGGACUCGCAGAAUUCGAGAUUCGCUGGACUGCUCACCAGUACCGACUACAUAAACCUGAUCCAGUACUACUGCCAAUUCCCCGAGCAAAUUGACAACGUCGAGAAAUUUCGGUUGAGCAGCUUGCGUGAUAUCGAAAAAGCCAUCGGGGUGCUGCCUUUGGAGACUGUCUCCGUCCACCCCUCGAAACCUCUGUACGAAGCCUGCAGUCGCAUGCUGCGAAGCCGCGCUCGCCGCAUCCCGCUCGUCGACACCGAUGACGAGACAGGCCGGGAAACUGUCGUGAGCGUGAUCACCCAGUACCGUAUUCUCAAAUUCAUCGCCGUCAACACUGAACCGCACACUGCACUGCUGAGGAAGUCCGUCCGCGAAAUCAAUCUUGGCACAUAUAAGAAUCUUUCAAUCGCCAGCAUGAACAGUUCUGUUCUUGACGUCAUCGAUUUAAUGGUAACCCGAAAUAUCUCGGCAGUACCAAUUGUUGACAAGAAUAACGUUGUCCUCAACGUGUUCGAGGCAGUUGACGUGAUCCCCUGCAUCAAGGGUGGCAACUACGACGAGCUGAAGUCUACGGUGGGGGAAGCACUGUCAAAGCGUGCGGACGAUUUUCCUGGCAUAUACACCUGUCAGGAGGAUGAUCGACUCGACUCUAUCUUCACAACCCUCCGACAGUCACGAGUACAUCGGAUCAUUGUUAUUGAUGAGGGAUCGCACCUCAAAGGGAUUAUAUCCCUGUCAGACAUUCUCAAAUAUGUUCUCUUCCAUGGCGACGAGGGUGGCUACUUUCCUCCCGCGUCAUGAUUGCACUCAAGACAUGGACUACAGUCCCAACGGCUGGCGCACAUCGACGCGCAGUCGCUACCUGGCGCAAAACCCGGGCUGAUUUUGGCUGGCAUCGCAGGGCGUCUGGAGUACAGGGGAGCAUGGGCAAAUGCAUAACAAGGCGUUUGCCCCUUUCUGUCAUAUAGAGAUUCUUGCUUCGUUCCUACAGGCUCCAUUUGACAUGAUUUAUAUAGUUCUAACACACUGCUCAACUGUGACGACUCUUUUCCUAAA